CGUGGCCUAAGGCCAACGCAGUCCACAUAGGAACCAAAACAUGUACGGUCCACCAUAAUCACCCGCACCUUCACAUAUCAACCAAUAAAAAAUCAAAAAACUUUGAUUGGUUGACCAAAUUACAUCCUCUCUCCUCUUUCCUAAUCAUAAUAAAGCCCCAUUAGUUCUACUGUAGCUCACCAGAGAGAAAGAAGGCUUUGAUCUAAACUCUCUCUCCAUUUCAAUGGCUUCCAUUAAUGGCUUGACUACACCAAAGCCUUUUCUGUCUCUACCUAAGGGAAGCUCAAAGCCAAUCAAGUCUCAAAUUUUAAUAAGAGGUCUUAAUCAGCAGCAGAAUCACAAACUAGCGUGUCGGGCCGUGUCGGGCUCGGUAGGUAGUGAAAUCCAUGUGAUUCCGGUUCAGAGUAGUGAUAGUACGGACCAGCAAAGCGGCUUCGUAAUUGGGUUGGAAAGUGAAGUGGAAUUAGGCAGGGGAGAGGUGGUGGUGGGUGGGUUUGGAAAUGAAGGGAGGCUAUCAUUUGAAGGUGGUGCGGGUGGGUUUUCUUCUUCAAGUGGAGUGGGUGGUGGGUCUAAUGGGGAUAAUAAGGAGGAUAUGGAGAAGUUUGUUGAUAGAGCUAUUAAUGCAACUAUUGUUUUAGCUGCUGGUUCUUUUGCUAUUACUAAGUUGCUCACUAUUGACCAGGAUUACUGGCAUGGAUGGACGUUAUUUGAGAUAUUGAGAUAUGCACCUCAGCACAACUGGGUUGCAUAUGAGGAAGCCCUUAAAAGAAAUCCGGUUUUGGCUAAAAUGGUUAUCAGUGGAGUGGUUUAUUCUGUUGGGGAUUGGAUUGCACAGUGCUAUGAAGGGAAGCCUAUUUUUGAAAUUGAUCGUGCACGUAUGUUGAGAUCAGGCUUAGUUGGAUUCACAUUACAUGGAUCCCUCUCUCAUUAUUAUUAUCAAUUCUGCGAGGCAUUGUUUCCUUUCGAAGAUUGGUGGGUUGUUCCUGCCAAGGUUGCCUUUGAUCAGACUGUUUGGUCAGCAGUUUGGAAUAGCAUCUACUUCACAGUUUUGGGAAUUUUACGUCUUGAAUCCCCUCUUGCCAUUUUCAGUGAAUUGAAGGCUACAUUCUUUCCAAUGUUGACUGCUGGCUGGAAGCUGUGGCCAUUUGCUCAUCUAAUUACGUAUGGUGUAAUCCCGGUUGAGCAAAGGCUGCUUUGGGUUGACUGUGUAGAACUCAUUUGGGUGACAAUACUCUCAACUUAUUCAAAUGAGAAAUCCGAAUCUAGAGUCUCCGAGGCAUCAGUAGAAGCAUUGGCUCAACCUCCCUCAAUAGGUCCACCACAGGAAUAAAUGAACGGAAGAUCAAAGACACAAUACAGAUUCGAGGAAAUGUAAAGGAUCUUGAUCGAGAGGGUCAUUAAUGGGAAAAUGUAUAGCUUUGAGGUGAUAAUUCUUGUACCAUACUCUCAGAAAACAUCUUCUGAGAUACUCGUUUAUGAUUCGUGCAUACUGCGCGCAGCUCCGUGUAUGUGUAUACAAAUUCUUUUUGUAGUAUUGCUGUAAAAUAGUUCAAUCGCGAACUCUAAUGUUCGUGCUGAAGUUUCAACAGAAACUUCUAAGUAUAGCUUAUAACAUAAUAUUGGCCA